AUGGUCCGGUUGGCUCUCCCCCAACGGUUGAGCUCGCACCUUUCGGCGAAGAGCGCGCCGUCGACUCCCGGACGGAGCAGAAGCACCAGUCCGUUACGAUCACCGGAACUCAAACCUCUGCUGCUGAAGGUUUCAGUAAUCCGAGGACGUAACCUCGCAGCCAAAGAUCGAGGUGGCACGAGCGACCCAUAUUUGGUGAUUACAUUAGGAGAUGCGAGGCAGUCGACGCCGACCAUAUUCAAGACCCUGAACCCGGAAUGGAACGUCUCCUUCGACAUGCCCGUGAUGGGCGUGCCGCUGUUGGAAGCUCUAUGUUGGGAUCAUGAUCGAUUCGGCAAGGAUUACCUGGGCGAAUUCGAUAUCGCAUUGGAGGACAUAUUUGCUGAUGGCCAGGUGGACCAACAGCCUAAAUGGUAUACUUUGAAUUCCAAGCGGAAGGCGUCUAAAAAGAAGGAUAGCACUGUGUCGGGCGAGAUUCUGCUGCAGUUCUCGCUCGCCGAUUCUGCGAACCCCGCUGCCACGCCGGCGGAAAUAUUCUCCAAGUUCAAGAAAUUGGUAUACUCGGGUGAUGAGGAUGACCAGAACUCUCAGAUCCCUCCCGCCGAUCUUGAUGACUUGGACCGGGACGAGGAUAGCUCCGAUGAGCCUGAUGACGCGGCAGGUGGCCCAGAAGGCGGCCCAGAAGGGGGAGAAAAGCGCCGGCGACUUCGAUUGGCUCGCUUGAGACGCAAGUCCCUGGCAGCUCGUGCAUACCAAUUCUCAGGCUCGGGCACCGGAGUGCAAGGUAUCGUUUUCAUGGAAAUUGUUCGCGUGACCGAUCUGCCUCCUGAACGAAAUGUAACGCGGACAUCGUUCGAUAUGGAUCCUUUUGUCGUGACCUCUCUAGGAAGGAAAACCUUAAGAACUCCUGUCAUCCGCCAUAACCUGAACCCAGAGUAUCAUGAGAAAAUGGUGUUUCAGGUGAUGCGGCACGAACAGUCUUAUACCAUCAGCUUCAGUGUGAUAGAUCGAGACAAGUUCUCCGGGAAUGACUUUGUCGCCUCUGCGGGUUUUUCUCUGCGGAAUCUCAUCCAGUCCGGCCCAGAAGCAGACCCCGAGACGGGAUUAUAUCACUUUGUAGAGGACCUGGAGGAACCUGAUCACACUAAAGGUACCAAGAUAGCUCAGCGACCUGGAGUUAGACCCUCGCAUUCUUCGUCAAGUCUCUCCAAACUGGCUCGGCCUAUAAUAAAGACGCGCCACUCCGCAACAUCAGUCUCAAGCCAAUCAAUGCUCGAAGCGCCAACGCCCAGUCUCCUUACACCUUCUUCCCUCCCAGAAGAAGGAAUUUCAGAGAUGGAUAGUACUAAUUCAUUGGCGACCCUGAACAUGUAUGAUGGCGAGUCAGCCCCGAUUGACGAGAACGGCUUCAGAUCAUGUACUAUUCCCCUUAUGCUCAAGAAUAGAGAACGGUGGGAAGACAAACAUUCGCCAGAGCUGCAUGUCAAGACGAAGUAUCUGCCAUACAGUGCUCUCCGACAGCAUUUCUGGAGGUUGAUGCUCAAGCAAUAUGACGCCGACGAGAGUGGUCGCAUUGACAAGGUGGAGAUGACGACAAUGCUUGACACUCUCGGUUCGACGCUAAAGGAGUCGACAAUUGACAGUUUCUUCAAACGCUUCAGCGCGGACAAUAAGUCUAAUGAAAACGAUGAUUUGACAUUCGACCAGGCAGUCAUUUGUCUCGAGGACACGCUUCAAACCCUGCAGAAGAGAAAUUCAAUGGCUGCUCCCAGAGCGCUUUCGCUUCCUCUGUCAAACGCCGGAAGCCAAGAUAGUGAGCCAUCUAGCAGCGACGAGCACACUUUGGAAACCAACACCAUUGCUGCUCUUAAUGCCGAUCCGCACAACACAUCUAUUCCAACCCUGUCCAAUGAGGAACAAUCCAGUUCCGCUGAUGAGUACCUCCAGCCCGAUGAUCUCGCGGACGAUGGGGGCGAGGAGCACGUCGUCGAAAUUCGCGAGUGCCCACUCUGCCACCAGCCACGUCUUGGGAAACGCUCUGAUGCGGAUAUCAUCACGCACAUUGCCACGUGCGCAAGUCAGGAUUGGCGUCAGGUUGACAACUUAGUUAUGGGUGGUUUUGUGACUUCCAGCCAGGCACAGCGCAAGUGGUACUCCAAAGUCAUUACAAAGAUCUCAUACGGCGGGUACAAACUCGGAGCGAACUCGGCCAAUAUCCUUGUACAAGACCGGAUCACCGGUCAGAUAAACGAGGAACGCAUGAGUGUAUAUGUGCGACUCGGGAUCCGGCUGCUAUAUAAGGGCAUCAAAAGUCGUGAUAUGGAAAAGAAGCGAAUUCGCCGUGUAUUGCGCUCUUUGAGUGUCAAGCAGGGUCGCAAAUACGAUGACCCAGCCUCGGCAUCGCAGAUCAAGGACUUUAUCAAUUUCCACCAGCUGGACAUGUCCGAAGUUCUGAUGCCCCUAGAGAACUUCCGCAAUUUCAAUGAAUUCUUCUACCGUGCCCUCAAGCCCGAUGCCCGUCCGUGCUCCGCUCCCGACGAACCUAAGAUUGUUGUGUCUCCCGCCGACUGUCGCUCGGUGGUAUUUGAUCGCUUGAGCGAUGCAACUAGCAUCUGGGUCAAGGGCCGUGAGUUCUCGAUUGAAAGGUUGUUAGGCAAUGCUUACCCGGACGAUGCUGCUCGAUACCGAAACGGUGCUGUCGGAGUGUUCCGUCUGGCACCUCAAGACUACCACCGCUUCCACAUCCCCGUAGAUGGAAUAAUGGGUGAACCCAAGACCAUCGAGGGCGAGUAUUAUACGGUGAAUCCCAUGGCGAUCCGAUCCGCCUUGGAUGUAUACGGCGAGAAUGUCCGCAUUCUCGUCCCUAUUGACUCUGUCGCGCAUGGCCGAGUAAUGGUUGUCUGCGUUGGUGCCAUGAUGGUCGGCAGUACGGUCAUCACCCGGACAGCCGGCGAGAAGGUUUCACGAGCUGAAGAGCUGGGCUACUUCAAAUUUGGUGGCAGCACCCUUCUAGUGCUCUUUGAAAAUGGCAAGCUCAAUUUCGACAAGGACCUAGCGGAAAACUCCAAGUGUGCACUGGAAACUUUGAUCCGAGUUGGCAUGUCGGUCGGACACAGCCCGGAUAUUCCUCAGUAUGAACCUGAUAUGCCCAAGCAGUCGGAGAACGUCACUGCCGAGGAAAUGCAAGAAGCCAAGCGCCGCAUCGAGGGCAGCCUUGCACCAAGCAAGCCCUCCACCCUACUCAAGUCAUUCCAAUGA